CAGUCACAAUGAAAGCCGCUCGCUUCUACGCCGCCCGGGACAUUCGCAUCGAAGAGAUUCCUCCCCCAUCACCAACCCCCGAACAAGUCCUUGUCGCGGUAGAAUGGUGCGGAAUCUGCGGCAGCGACUUGAACGAGUAUCUCGUCGGGCCUAUUGCAAUCCCCGGCCCCGAGCGCGGCCCACACCCUCUCACCAACGAGACGCUGCCCAUAACGAUGGGCCACGAGAUCAGCGGCCGAAUCGUUCAGGCACCAGCAUCCUCAUCUUUCCGCCCAGGGCAGAAAGUAGUCGUCGACCCGCGCCUCUACUGCUCCAGCUGCACGCCGUGCCACAAGUCCGCGACCAACUGCUGCCGAAGCAUCGGGUUCAUGGGUCUCUCGGGCGGCGGAGGCGGACUGGCCAGCACGGUCGCCGUGUCGACGUCCAGCGUGCAUGCUCUUCCCGAGGAGGUUGAUCUCGCUGCUGCGGCGCUCAUCGAGCCAUUAGCUGUGGCGUGGCAUGCUGUGAGACUGUCUGGUGUUCUUUCGACACCGAUCUUGAUUAUGGGCGGAGGACCCGUCGGCGUUGCCGUUGCCUUUGUGCUCCGGGCCAGGGGGGCAGAGAGGACGAUUGUAUCGGAGCCGAGUGCGCGGAGGAGGAAGGCUUUCGACGGAAUCGCGCAUACUGUCUUGGAUCCGACGACGGAUGAUGUGGUAAGUCGGUGUCAGGAGCUGAGUCUGGAUGGCGAAGGCGUCGGAAUCGUAUUCGAUUGCGCGGGCGUCCAGUCGGGCAUGGAGACCGGGUGUCAGGCGCUUAGGUUCGGAGGGAAAUAUGUGAAUCUGGCGAUGCCGAAGGGCCCGAUUACGAUCCCUGUUGGCCAGUUCUUGCUAAAGGAGCUUACAUAUAAGGCGUCCUUGGCGUAUGACGAGAGGGACUUCCAAGAUGUGGUAGCUACUUUUGUCGCCGGGCAAUUGACAGGUGUCGAACGCAUGAUAACGAGAAAAGUGAGGCUGGAGGAGAUUGUCGAGAAGGGGUUUGAGGAGCUGGCGAAUCCGAAUGACCAUAUUAAAGUGAUGGCGACGCCGACGGGGGAGGGGAGAGGGAUAAGCAGAGAUUGA